GAACGGAGGCCGGAGGCAGAGGGCCAGGAGCCGAGGGCCGGGCCGGGCCCGCUGUCGCCGGAGUUGCGAGGAGCCCCCAAGGGCCGAGGGGUCUCAGCAUGUCCUGCGGCGGCGACGGCCCCAGCAGCCAGUUCCCCCUGCACGCCCUGGUCUGGAACAAUGACUACCGGCAGCUGGAGAAGGCGCUGAACGGGCAGAAUGUGGAAGCCCUGGACCCCCGAGGCCGGACCUUACUGCACCUCGCCGUUUCCUUGGGACAUUUGGAGUCCGCCAGAGUCUUGCUCCGACACAAAGCAGAUGUCACCAAAGAGAACCGCCAGGGAUGGACAGUCUUACAUGAAGCAGUGAGCACUGGAGACCCUGAAAUGGUGUACACCAUUCUUCAGCAUCGCGACUACCACAACACGUCCAUGGCACUAGAAGGGGUCCCGGAGCUGCUCCAGAAGAUCCUGGAGGCACCUGAUUUUUAUGUACAGAUGAAAUGGGAAUUCACUAGUUGGGUGCCAUUGGUUUCUAGGAUAUGUCCCAAUGAUGUCUGUCGCAUUUGGAAAAGUGGGGCCAAACUCCGAGUUGAUAUCACAUUAUUGGGCUUUGAAAACAUGAGCUGGAUAAGAGGAAGGCGUAGUUUUAUUUUUAAGGGAGAGGAUAGCUGGGCCGAAUUGAUGGAAGUUAACCAUGAUGACAAAGUCGUCACAACCGAACACUUCGAUCUCUCUCAAGAGAUGGAACGCCUCACUUUGGAUUCCAUGAAGCCUAAAGGGAGGGAAGUAGAAAGACGCCUCACAUCUCCGGUCAUUAAUACCAGCCUUGAGACUAGAAAUAUUGCUUUUGAAAGAACUAAAUCCGGAUUCUGGGGCUGGAGGACAGAUAAAGCAGAAGUUGUUAAUGGUUACGAAGCAAAGGUGUACUCGGUAAACAAUGUAAGUGUGAUAACCAAAAUUCGAACAGAACAUUUGACUGAGGACGAGAAAAAGAGAUACAAAGCUGAUAGAAAUCCCUUGGAGUCUUUGCUGGGUACUGUGGAACACCAGUUCGGUGCUCAGGGGGACCUCACUACUGAGUGCGCAACAGCAAAUAACCCCACGGCCAUCACGCCUGAGGAAUAUUUCAACAAAGAUUUUGAUUUGAAGGACCGAGACAUAGGACGACCGAAGGAGCUCACGAUCAGAACCCAAAAGUUUAAAGCCAUGCUCUGGAUGUGUGAGGAGUUCCCCUUGUCUCUGGUGGAGCAGGUCAUUCCCAUCAUUGACCUGAUGGCCAGAACCAGCGCCCAUUUUGCUAGACUGAGAGAUUUCAUCACUCUGGAGUUCCCGCCUGGAUUUCCUGUCAAAAUCGAAAUUCCACUGUUCCAUGUCUUGAAUGCUCGGAUUACAUUUGGAAAUGUCAAUGGUUGCAGUACAGCUGAAGAGCCCAGCUCACAGAGCCUGGAAGGGGGUCACGCUGAUCCAGCUUCCCUCGUCUCUAACUUUGAGGUCGAUCAAUCGGUGUUUGAAAUCCCUGAAUCUUAUCACAUCCAAGACAACGGCAGAAACAUGCACUUGCAGGAUGAAGAUUAUGAAAUCAUGCAGUUUGCCAUUCAACAGAGCCUGUUAGAAUCCAGCCGGAGUCAGGACAUUCCAGGCCUGCCCGCCAACGGGGGACUUCCCAGUCCACAUGGCUAUGACUCCCAGUACGAAAGGGCUAUUCAGGAGAGUCUGCUCUCCAGCUCCAAUGGUUUCCGACCCAGCGCCAUGGAGGAGGCGAGGAACUUUGACAGCGACCUGCAGCUUGCCAUGGAGUUAUCUGCCAAAGAGCUGGAGGAGCAGGAGCUGCGGCUCCAAGAAGAGGAGGCUGAGCUGCAAGAAGUCCUGAGGCUUUCUCUCACCGAAAAAUAGACCCCUCUGGCCGCGGGGCUGGGGACACCCAGGCAGCUGCCUCCCUGCCGGGCGGAUUCGGAGGUGCGGCUGCUGGCGGUCCCCGUCCGAGAGGGUGGCAGGGGGAGCCGCUGGGCGUCCGGCCCGCAGAGUCUGGUCCGCACGAGCCACGCUGCGGGGUGCCUCGGCUCCAACUGGACCCCAGCCCGGACACCGCUCAGGUGUGAGUGAGGCGCCUGUUCUCGAGGGAUGCCGACGAGACGCUUCUGCAGUCAGGGUGCUCGUG